AAGAAUCGGAUCGGAUCGCUGGAAGAAAAGCAAUUGUUCGGAAAGGUGCGAAUGAGAAAAGAGGGAAUUUGAUCAUCUGUUCCUUCAUUUCCAUCGAGUGUUGUUGGUGUUCCGGACUGAUUGAAGUCAACUGAGUGUCCUAAGAAACAAGAGCAAGUUGCCUGUUGAGCCUGCCUUGCGUUCGCAAUAGCCGGAGCCAGUCAAUUUGCAGACCAUUUUUGCCUCGAGUUCACCACCACCUUAAUUGAUCUCGUAACCUGAAUCAACGGGCUGAGGCAGAGCUAUCUGCACGAGCAGUGGCAUUUCGUACGAAUCCAAUGGAGCAGCGGAAGAUGAUCGCCGAUCUCCUCAGGGCAAGCACGAAAAGCUCGUCCCUCCGCGGCGGCGUCCAGCUGCACGCCGCCCUGACGAAGCUCGGGUUCGGAUCGGACACCAUGCUGAGCAACAACCUCAUCGACAUGUACGCCAAGUGCGGGAGGCUGGACAGGGCAGGCGAGGUGUUCGACGGAAUGCCCGGCAGGAACGUGGUCUCCUGGACGGCCUUCAUGGUGGGAUUCCUGCAGCACGGGGAGGUCAGGGAGUGCCUCAGGCUGCUCGGCAAUAUGCGGGUCUCCUCCGAGGCCACGCCGAACGAGUACACGCUCUCGGCGAGCCUCAAGGCGUGCUAUGUCGUCGGCGACACGAGCGCCGGUGUUCGGAUCCAUGGAUUAUGCGUCAGGGCAGGGUACGAGGAGCACCACGUCGUGGCCAACUCGCUGGUUCUCAUGUACGCCAAGGGAGGAAGGAUCGGCGACGCACGGCGAGUGUUCGACGGAACCGCCUUCAGGAACCUCGUCACCUGGAAUGCCAUGAUCUCCGGGUACACUCACGCCGGCCACGGCAGGGACGCGCUGCUCGUGUUCCGGGAGAUGCAGCAACGGCACGAGGAUCAGCCCGACGAGUUCACCUUCGCCAGCUUGCUGAAAGCAUGCAGUGGCCUUGGCGCGGCACGCCAGGGCGCGCAGGUUCAUGCAGCCAUGACGGCUAGAGGGUUCUCCACAGCAUCCAAUGCUAUCCUCGCCGGUGCACUUGUCGACCUGUACGUCAAAUGCCGGUGCCUGCCGGUGGCAAUGCAAAUUUUUGAUAGCCUGGAGCGGAAGAACACCAUCCAGUGGACCACGGUGGUCGCCGGCCACGCGCAGGAGGGGCAGGUGAAGGAAGCGAUGGAGUUGUUCCGACGGUUCUGGAGCUCCGGCAUCCGAGCCGACGCCCAUGUUCUGUCCAGUGUGGUCGGCGUGUUUGCAGAUUUUGCGCUGAUCGAGCAGGGAAGGCAAGUGCAUUGCUACACAAUCAAGAACCCGGCCGGCCUGGACGUGUCAGUGGCGAACUCGAUAGUUGAUAUGUACCUCAAGUGCGGGUUGACCGAAGAGGCAGAACUGCGGUUCCGGGAGAUGCCGGCGAGGAAUGUCGUCUCAUGGACAACGAUGAUCAAUGGCCUCGGAAAGCAUGGCCAUGGCCGUGAAGCAAUCAACAAGUUUGAAGAAAUGCGAAGGGGAGGCGUUGAGCCCGACGAGGUGGCCUACCUGGCGUUGCUGUCGGCAUGCAGCCACGCCGGCCUUGUUGAAGAAUGCCGCUUGUACUUCUCAAAAAUCCGGCAGAGCAGGAGGUUGAGACCGAAAGCAGAGCACUAUGCCUGCAUGGUUGAUCUCCUCGGGCGCGCGGGAGAGCUCAGGGAGGCCAGGGACCUCAUCCUGACGAUGCCAAUGGAGCCAACCGUUGGCAUAUGGCAGACACUGCUGAGCGCCUGCAGAGUGCACAAGGACGCCGCCGUGGGCAGAGAGGCUGGCGACGUCCUCCUGGCCAUCGACGGCGACAACCCGGUGAACUACGUCAUGCUGUCGAACAUCUUCGCCGAGGCGGGGGAGUGGCGCGAGUGCCAAAGGGUAAGGGAUGCCAUGAGGUGCAAGGGACUUAAGAAGCGGGGCGGGUGCAGCUGGGUGGAGGUCGACAAGGAGGUGCACUUCUUCUACGGCGGCGACGACACGCACCCGCAGGCCGGCGACAUCCGCCGCGCCCUGGGGGACGUCGAGAGGAGGAUGCGGGAGCAGCUGGGGUACAGCACCGAUGCGCAGUUUGCUCUGCACGACGUGGACGAGGAGUCGCGCGCGGAGAGCCUGAGGUUGCACAGCGAGAGGCUUGCUGUCGGGCUGUGGCUUCUGCGCCAUGGCACGGACACCGGAAGCGGCGGACAGGGGGAGGUGAUCAGGGUGUACAAGAACCUGCGGGUGUGCCGGGACUGCCACGAAUUCUUCAAGGGUUUGUCGGCUGUGGUGAGGAGGGCGUUGGUGGUGAGAGACGCGAAUAGGUUCCACAGGUUUGAACAUGGCGCGUGCUCCUGUGGGGACUAUUGGUGACUACACUGAAUCGCUUCUGCAGCCCCAGCCGUUGUAUCAUCGUUCCCUAGUUUUUCUGUUUCGAUCUGACAGUCUGCUAACGAGCAGAAGAAAGAGCCUUGACCAACCCUGCCCAUUUCGUCACUUCAGACCACGGAGCCACCAAGAACAGAUGAUCAGCUCUAA